AUGCAUGAACACUUCUGGCACCUUUGCUCGGAUGAACCGAACCGGACAAAGGCAGACUUUCCUCUUUCGCCCAUCGAAACCCCCCAGAAAUGUUCCGCCGACGCCGGGGUGGUGGCUCAGAGCCUCCCACUUCAUCAUCCGUCUCCCCAGCGCAUCCCAGGGACAAGGGACGGAAGAAAAUUGGUGCCGCCACCUAGCUUGGACUGGACCACCAACCUAGCCAGUGGCCAUCCAACCGUCGUGAGCCCUGAAGUUGCUGGGGCCCUCAGCACCGGAGGAGAGUCUGGCAAUGAUACACCCCUGUUCGUCGUGCUGCCGUGCGUGAAGCAGGUACCUUCUGUCGACAGUACUGGCUCAGCCUCUAGGGAGAGAGGAGUGGCCGCCUUGCCAUAA